CGUCAAUCGAUAUCGAAUCAAUUAAUCAUCGACUGAUCUGCUACGUGCUUCAUCCGAGCCGUACGGACUGUCUUCACGUGACCACGCCUGUGUAUGUAGUGGCUGUGUCUCUGUGCGCAUAACUUUCUUUGCAGUGCUCUAGUAUCUCUGUACAUGGCUGAUCAAGUGGAACUCUCAUCACCUCCGUUCGACAGCGUAUCCCAGGUACGCUUCUCCCCGACAAACCCUGACCAUCUCCUGGUAUCUGCCUGGGACACUACUGUACGGUUCUAUGAUGUAGCCACGAACGAACAAAAAGCCAAAUUUGACCAUCGCGCAGCCGUCCUUUCCUGUCUGUUCGGCGACUCGACCCAUGCCUACAGUGGAUGCUUGGAUACUGGUGUGCGGGAGCUUGAUCUCACAACAGAAAGGGUGACUUCUCUGGGUCAACAUUCCAACUCGGUCUCUGCGCUCUCCUAUGCACGUGAAAUCAAUGCGCUCAUCUCUGGCUCAUGGGAUCAGUCCCUUCGUUUCUGGGAUCCCCGCACACCAAAAGCAGAAGUAUCGGAUCAUACGCUCCCUGAACGUGUUUACCACAUGGACGUAGUGAACAAUACACUUGUCGUCUCCAUGGCCUCGCGCUUGUUCCAUAUAUAUGACGUACGACGAAUGUCCGAGCCCGCGCAGACAAGAGAAAGCAGUUUGAAAUUCAUGACGAGAAGUUUAGCGUGCAUGGCUGAUGGACAGGGUUAUGCGAUCGGCUCUGUGGAAGGCCGUAUCGGCGUGGAGUACUUUGACCCGAGUCCAGAAAUCCAGGAUAAGAAAUAUGCGUUCAAGUGCCACAGACAAAAUAUCGAGGAUGUGGAUCACGUCUGGCCAGUUAAUGCACUUGCAUUUCACCCAGUACACAAUACAUUCGCUUCUGCGGGGUCAGACGGCACCGUCUCCAUCUGGGAUCACAAGGUCAAAAAACGGCUGAGGCAGUACCCGAAAUAUGCGUCUGCGAUUCCCAGUAUCGCGUUCAACUGCGACGGCACACGUCUGGCAGUGGGCGUGAGUUAUACGUGGGAUGAGGGGGACGAAGGUUUGAAAAAAGAAGGCGGUACAGUCAGAGCAGUUUGGGUGCGUAAGGUUGGCGAUGAGGUCAAGGUGCGUGAUUUCUUUCUUGCUCAAUUUUUAUCCAUAUACUGAUUGAUAAACCUUUUUCUUGUACAGCCUAGGGCGACGGGCUGAUGA